AUGACCGGAAGGACGUCGCUGGUGGAACAGAAGAGACUCCAGUGGGCGAGAGAAAGGGAAGAAAUGGCUCGUCUUGGAGUUAAUUGGGGAAACCUGAAGUCAAAUAGCAAUUAUAACCGCACCCACAUCCGCACGUACUCGAACGAAACCAGAUUAUCCUUAGGGGAAAUAAGGGAUAAGCCUUCCGCGCAACCGUUUCGUACAACCGGACAUUACGGGAGCACCAUUAGUCUGAAGAGUCUGGCGACGGAAAGUUCCGCGAAUGGUAACAACAAUCUCAAGUGCCUCGAUUAUAACGGUGGCAGUUUGAUUAAUCUUCGGGACCAGGUGGAGAUCUCACAAAUCAGACGCAGGAGCCCCAGUCUGCCUCCGAUCUUCAACAAGGAACAACAACAGUAUUUCUGCCAACUGGAACAGCAACAGCGUGACUUCGGCGUGGAGGGAUCGCGAUACCAGUCGCAGAGAUCGCAAAAACUGGAGCACCAUCGCCAUCGAUCCAACGAGCGUCGCGAGAGCCAAAAAGAGGCACGACAUUACGGCUCGCCGGGCGAGGAGCGCGAGGGCGAGACUUCCGGUUACGCCAGCGACUCCGUGGAUGUGCCACAGGCGGGACAAAGUGCUCUGCCUGACAAAGUAACGAGCAGGAUGGAAAUGACGGAGAAAACGUGGCAAAAUCCUUACUGUACUACUCCGGAAAGUUCACUGCCACCAUCGAGAAGGCUCUCGUCGGGAAGAAUGGGCGAACUCAACAGGCCAAGGUGGGGCAGCGUGUGGGGUCAAGACGCAGCGAGAGGUGACCCACCGCCGCCCUCUUGGUUAUCAAGAUUAGGACAGUCGAGCCAGGUUCUGGUGAUCAAUCACGACAGCGCCAGCAGCCCGGAUAGUUCAACGACCGGCUCAACCGGCUCUGAUAUCAAUAAAGUGUCUUAUCUCCGGGGUCAGAAUAUUCCGAUGGACGCGCAGAUCCUACAGGAACGGGAAACGAGACGACAGAAGGCAUUGGAGCUUCAGAACGCCAUCAAGCAGCAACUCGAGGAGAAGGACAGGCAGAGGAAAGAGGAGAAAGAGCGGCGGAUAAGGGAGGAGAUGCUGGAAGAGGAACGAAUCCGGCGUGAAAGAGAAAGAGACAUAGCAAGAUUCGAGGAGGAGCAGCGGAUGAUACGCGAGAAAGAGGAGGCGAAGUCGAGGAAGGCGCAGGCGAUGCGCGAGGUGCUGGAAGCCGCGGAGCGGCUGGCGAAGGAGGAGCGGAAGAAUCGACGAAAGCGAGAGGAGCACCUCGUCGAGGACGUGGCACCGCAGGCACCGCAGUCUUCCAGCGAGUCUUCGAACGCGACGGCGAACGUCAACGACAGACGCGAGGAGCAGAGCGGUUCGCCGGCGCAGAAGCAGAGCGCGAACCCGAGCAACUAUCCCGAGGAGAAGUUCAGUCCGAAGGACACCAGAGAGGCCGACAAUUGUCGAGAGAGCGAGACCGCCGACAAGGAACCGAGGGAGGUUUGCUCGCGGACGAACUACGCGGACAAGUCGGAGGAGGCUGCGCUGGACCUGAACCCGAUGGGCGGCUCCCUUCAGGUGCCCGUCAGCAAGGACGUGGCGAUCGUGCUGAGCGGCCGGCUGGACGACCCGGAGAUCCUGAGCCGGGCGAAUCUGCAGCUGGUGAACCUGGUGAUGUCGCCGAGCCCGCGCAAAUUCGCGGAGAACGCCGCAGACUACUUCUCGCUCGGCUUGAACGCGCUCGUGAGGAACGGCGGCGGCAGUCCCAGGAACCCGAGGAGGCCCUCGAGGGACGCCUCGUCGAUCGUCGUGGAGAACCGACUGCUGACGCCGAGCAAGUAUCGAACGCCGGCCGGCCGGGACUUCGGCACGCAGACGGACGUGGAGUCCGACGUUCAGGAGCUGCGGGAGAAGCUGCAGGAUCAGUCGGUCGGGGACCACGUUACCGCGAAGGACCGGAAGGACACGACCAACGUCAGCCGAAGAAACGUUGAAAAUUCGAUAAUAAGCUUGACGAUCGUAAAGACGCUUUGUCGUGAAAUGUCUGCCGAUUCGCGCGAGGAAAGUGCCCAAUCGAAUAAUGCGGGCACCGGCGAAGAAAGUUCCGUGAAAACUCUUCCGCGAUCCAAAUCGCAGCCCAGAACUACGCUCGACAGCAGACCGCGAUGGAACGCCAAUCGCCCAGGUACACGAUAUCGCACGCAAAGCGAGAAAGAUCCGCAUUAUCAGAGACGUUUGCGAUUAAGAAGGCGACAAAUCGAGUCCAGCGACGAAGGGUCUAGGUCACCGUCCCCCGAUCGGCGGAAAUCAAAUAACGGAAAGACAAAGAGUCGAAACGCCAUCAGGCGUAAGGCGAAACCCGAGAAUUACGACGCCGACCUGUCGAUGGACAGCCUGAAUUCCGUUGUGCCCCUGCGAAUCGACAAAGACGGGAAGAUUAAUAUCGAGGAAUGUGCCGAGAAAUUACGAUUGAAAAAUGAUGCGAGUCACGCAAAAAGUCCGGAUGAUGAUAGCUCUAAUGUCUGGUGCGGACAGGAAAUCUUGUCCAAACUGUCGUCGUUGAGAAGCGGACUUUUAAUGAAGCAGAUCGAGUGGGAUUCCGAGCGGUGUCUGGUCUCACCCGCUGCAUCCGAAAUCUUUUAAGUGCCUGCAGGAUUU